AUGCCAAAACCAACUUAUAAUGCAGAACAACUUGACGUUACCAAUAGACUAAUCCUUGAAGAAUUGCGAUAUAAUAAAUGCUCUCUGUCCGAAGAACAUGAAGAACUUCUAAAUAAAUUGACAAAGGAGCAAAGGUCAAUUUUUGACAGAAUCAUAACAACAGUGAAGCACAAUAAGGGAGGUUUUUUAUUUUUAUAUGAUUAUGGAGGAACCGAAAAGACUUUUAUUUGGAGGACUUUAACUUCAGCAAUAAAAUCUAAAGGAGGCAUUGUUUUAACAGUUGCGUCUAGCGGGAUUGCAUCACUUUUAUUAUCCGGAGGUCAAACAAUUCAUUCAAGAUUUUCUUUCCCACUCAAUACAACUGAAGAUUCUACAUGUAAUAUAAGACAGGGUAGUCCUCUUGCAAGUUUGAUUGUGAAGACAAAGUUAAUUAUUUGGGAUGAGGCACCAAUGAUGCAUAUAUAUUAUUUUGAAGUUCUUGACAAAACUUUAAGAGAUAUUCUUAGAUUUGAAGAUGUAUCUAAUUUAGAUCGGCCAUUUGAAGGUAAAACAGUUGUUCUUGGUGGUGACUUUAGACAAAUUGUACCGGUCGUUACAAAAGCGGUUGGAGAUGGUAUAAUUGGUAAUUCAGUUGAUGGAAUUGGAAAAGUUCCUAUACCUAAUGAUGUUCUUAUUGCUGAUUGUGAAGAUCCUAUUUCUGCUAUUGUCAACAGUACAUAUCCAAAUUUUUAUUCACAUUGCAGUGAUGUAACAUACCUAUAG